CCACUCAUGAAUGCGAGAUCCCAAAUCUUCAACCGAACACAAAAUUCCCUCACACUGUAGAUUCUCAUCAAGCUGUUAAAAAAACCAUGAUACUCUCCAUUAGAUCUCACAUAUGAGAUAACUACUCACUACUCAGCCAUUUCUCGUAUCCAUAGAAGCAUAGCGAUCUAUAGAGGGAGAGAAAGAGAGAUGACAAGGAGAUCUGGAUCAUGUUUAAGGUGUUGUCUGGUGAUUUUCGCAGUAGCAUCUGCACUCUGUGUAUCUGGUCCAGCUCUUUAUUCGAGGCUUAUAAAGGGUUUUAAUUUGAAAGGAGGUUCUUCGAUUUCUUGCGCCCCAUGCGUCUGUGAUUGCCCUGCUCCUCUCUCCCUUCUCAAUCUUGCUCCUGGGUUGGCUAAUCUUUCAGUUACAGAUUGUGGGAAAGAUGAUCCAGAUUUGAAGGAAGAAAUGGAGAAACAAUUUGUGGAUUUACUAUCAGAAGAGCUAAAACUUCAAGAAAUAGUUAGUGAAGAACACAUGAGGCAUAUGAACAUAACAUUUGGUGAAGCAAGAAGAGUGGCAGCCCAAUACCAAAAAGAAGCAGAAAAAUGCAACACGGCUACUGAAACAUGCGAACAAGCAAGAGAGCAAGCCGAGGCAAAAAUGAGACAAGAAAAGAAGAUAACUUCUUUAUGGGAGAGAAGAGCAAGGCAACUUGGUUGGGAAGGGGAAUAACUUCAUUGCGGAUGUUUUGAGGAUUUUUUUUUUUUUUUUUUUUUAAUUGAAUGUGG